AUGGACGCCAUCAGUUCACGCCUGCCCGAGGCCGCGGCGGCGCUCGUCAUCGUGAGCAGCGUCGCGCUGCGCUGGCUCGUCCGCUUCGCGCUGCGGCGUCGGCGCGGCGUCGUCGUGAACCGCCACGCCUACCACCCCGUGGACCUGCUGCGGAGCGUCGUCUUCUCCGUGUCCCAGACCCAGGGCGGCAACUGGGUCCUCAUAUCCGGCUUCGUCGUCGCCUUCGUCUUCCGGCGCAUCCUGCGGCGCGGCGUCGACGUCGUCACGGGCCGGCGGCCCGCGCCGCACGGCGUCGCCAAGGUCGCGCGGCUCCUCGCCAUCUCGAUGAGCCGCCACGUGCUCGUCUGGCUCGCGGGCGGCGCCUGCCUCUGGUUCGCGCACUGGCGCGUGCGCGUGUGCGAGCGGCCCGUCGUCAGUUGCAAGCGGACGUUCUGGAACGUCGCGAUCGUCGAGAAGGCCGGCUUCGCGCGCCGGGAGUUCAAGCCCGUCUUCUGGCUCACGAGCCGCCACGCCCAGACCGUGCUCGCGCACGUCCUCGCGGACCUGUCUUUUUUAUUGCUGCGCCCCGUGCGGUGGCGGCGCGAGAGCGUGGACACGUUCGACGGCGGCGAAGUGCACCUCGACUGGCUCAUCGGCCACCGCGACGAGUUCGCGCCCUACGGAGACGGUUUGUGGGUGUCCGCGGAGGAGGAGGCGCCGCGGCCGGACACGCCCAUCAUCCUGCUGCUCUACGGCGUCGGCGGCACGCGCGACGACCACUACAUGAAGCACCUGGCCCUCACGUGCGCGGCGCGGGGCUGGCGGCCCGUGGCGCUGACGUACUGGCGCCUGGAUUGGAACGAGACGCGGGACUUGGACAACGCCGUGGAGCAGUUACGGAAGACGCACCCGUCCGCGCCCCUGUUCUGCGUCGCGCAUUCGGCGUCGGCGUUUCUACUCGUCCAGUACCUCGCGCGCAAGGGGAGCGCCUGCCCGCUCGUGGCGGCGGUGACGCUGGCGGGCUGCAUGGAUUUCCUACGGACCUACGAGUUCGUGAAGCGCACGAAGAACAUCACGUACCGCAAGGUCUUCGACCGGGGCAUGCGGCGUUGCGUGCGGCGCCACGCGGCGUACGACCCGCAUUUGGAGAACCGCAAGGAGCACGCGGCGCGCAUCGCGGGCAUUACGGACGGCGCCUGCGUCAUGUACGACCGCCACGUCGCCGCGAUCCCGAAGGCGUCGAACCUGCCGCGGCCGGGGUAUUUGGAACCGGAGCCGCCGCGGAAGCGGCUCUCGGGCCGCUUCUCCCCGCUGCCGACGCUCUCGCCGACGAACUCGGACGCGGCGGAGCCGCCGACGCCGACGCGGGGCACGCCGAACCUGCUCGAGCGGACGCGGGAGCACUACGUCGCGCCGAGCCGCGAGCGGCUCCUCGACGUCGCGAUCCCGUUGUUGGUCGUCCACGCGCGCGACGACCCCCUGGUGUCGCACGACGACUGCUACGACUGGCACAAGCUCGUGUCGAACGCGCGCAUCAUCGCCGUGCGCACGAACCGCGGCGGCCACAACGCGUGGCACGAGGGCUUCUGGCCCCUGGGGCCGUCGUGGGCCGUCGGCGCCGCGACGGACUACAUCUCCGCGGUCCUCGAGCAGACGGCGCAGACGGGCUGGCUCCUCGCCGUGCUCGGGCGCCUCGACGCGUCGCGGAACCCGACGGCGUCGGCCAUCGCGCGCGCGGCCGCGGCGACGGACCACGUCCUCGAGCAGCCGCCGCCGCCGCCGCCGGCGACGCCCCUCAACUCCGUCUCCGCGAUCUUGUUCGAGGAGGACCCGCCGGGGGCCGCGCCCGCGGCCGCGACGCCCGCGCCCGAGGGCGACCGCGCGCUCCGCCGGUCGUCGCGCUCCGACGCGGACCUCGACGACAAUCUGGACGACGGCCUCGAGGAGACCGCGCCGGACGACCGGGAGUCGUUCCUCGGGUUCUAG